UAAUAGUAAUCUGUGUAUGUUUUGAAAUUACUUAUGAAUUUAUUCUUAAUGUUACUAAAAAGUUUAUAGUUAUUUAUUUUUAAUUUAAGUUAAUUAGAAAAUAUAACAUUGGCAAAUGUCGUACGUAAAGAAUGACGAAACAUAUUGUAAUAUGGGAUUUCAUAAGGAAAGUACUGUGAGUGAGUUUUAUCUUCAUUUAAGUUUAAAGGAAUUGGCUGCCAGGAGUGAGUUGAACAAGGAUGUCACAUUCAGAUGCAGGACCAUUGGUAUUUUGCAGAGUGUUAAUGGAAGGUUUUAUUUGACUGAAUUGACUACACCUGUGUAUAGAUCUGAAACAAGUAUUCAAUUAUCAGCUGCAUAUCUCAAGAGUCCCCCUCCAUCCACGGUUAUCCCGUAUCCAGUGCAGGUGUUUGGGACGGUGCAGUGGUGUAAGAAGCCAGUGUUAGUUGCCAAAUUUAUUCAAACACUCAACGCUACGAUGGCAUUACGAAUGAAAGAUGCAGUUACUUCUAUAACUGAUACACAUUUAGCUACCCAUAGUGAUGAUGAGCAUUUCGAGAGAGAAGCAAAGAUAUAAAUUGAAGUUUUUUUUGUUGUAUGAAUAAAUGGAAUGGAAACCUCACCUGCGCUAACGGGAUAUGCUGGCGGAGCACCAGUGAAGGGUGAUAGAUAAGAAUGAAAACAGGCCAGUUAGCCCAUCAUGAUGAUUUCAUCUGGAAUUAAUCAUGAUAGUUUCUAGGGGGAACCGCGAGGAGGUCGACCUGGUUGGGUAUAUUGCUAGCAAUGGGAUUCUAAGUCUCCAUUACUAACAAUCCCUUUCCCCCCAAUUGAAGAGUGUUGUGUAUUGACUGUCAUAUACUACCGAUUUUAUAGGUUUUCUAAAAGUGUAUAUAAAAAAAUAUAUGUAAUAAUAAUGGAUCUUGUAUAGUUAACUUGUGGUAUACCUAAUUAGUUUAACGAGGACAUUGUUAAUUCAGAGUAUUAUAGGGUAGGAUAUAUUACAAGUACAAUUAAUGUCUGUGAUAAAACAGCUAUGUUACUAAUUCAUUUAAUAUAAUUUAUAAAUAAGUUGACAUUUGUUACUUAUUUAUUACUGAAAUAUAAUUAAAUAAAUAAACAAUAUGUAUUUUUAAUUUCUAUAAUCAAAACAAUAAUAAGGGAGACAGUUUAAAAUAGAUGUGUUGUUUAUCUGUUCCACUUGCUCUACUGCUGGCGUUGACAGUUGGCUAUAUCUUACUGAUUUAUUAAAGUUGUAACUAAACGAUGUCUACAUAGGAGAUAUUUAAGACAAAUUUACAUGAGGGGUAUGUAAGAUGCCAAAAUAAUAUUUUUUAGAAAUUUUGUCUGUCUUUAUGUUUGUUUUGGCAUCAUGCAAAAGCUAUGGAUGCGGUUUACACAGUUGUGUUCCUGAAGGACUAAUUUAAAAUUCUGUGUAUAUUUUACCUUAAUACCCCAUCAAGAAGUGUUCAAAGAUAUUGGUUUUCCUACUUCUAAAAUCACAUGUACGAGUAGCGAGCUAAAAGUUUUACUAACUUAUUAUCACUGAAAAUUUGAAAGUUUUUUUAUCACACCAUAGUUUUUGUAAGCAUAACCUAUUAAUAGGCCCGUCCUUAGCCUAUUUGGUGUCCCUAGGGUUUUU